UAUGAAUGAAAGGAAUCCUGUGAGUGAGUAAUUCCGGGAAGCUCGCCUUACAACUCGGCGCGGCCCCCUGCGCUACCCGCCCCACAACAAAACUCGGCGCGGCGCUCCCCAGAGCCCGGCUCCGAGCGACCCGCGGUCGGAACCGGAGGGGAAGACGGACGAAGGCGCCGGCCGCGACAGCAGCGGGGACAGCAGCGGGACCCGCGCGUGCCAGGGACGCCAGGCGAAGCAGGCCGAGAGGUCUCAAUCCAGAGGACACCUUCUGCAAACAUGUCUGUGGAUCCUUUAUCCAGCAAAGCCCUGAAGAUCAAGCGCGAGCUGAGCGAGAACACGCCGCACCUGUCGGACGAGGCGCUGAUGGGGCUGUCGGUGCGCGAGCUGAACAGGCACCUGCGCGGGCUCUCGGCGGAGGAGGUGACCCGGCUCAAGCAGCGGCGCCGCACGCUCAAGAACCGUGGCUACGCGGCCAGCUGCCGCGUGAAGCGCGUGUGCCAGAAGGAGGAGUUGCAGAAGCAGAAGUCGGAGCUGGAGCGCGAGGUGGACAAGCUGGCGCGCGAGAACGCCGCCAUGCGCUUGGAGCUCGACGCGCUGCGCGGCAAGUGCGAGGCCCUGCAGGGCUUCGCGCGCUCUGUGGCUGCCGCCCGCGGCCCUGCGGCGCUCGUGGCACCGGCCAGCGUCAUCACCAUCGUCAAGUCCGCCCCGAGCCCAGGGCCAGGCCCCGCCUCCGGCCCGGCCCCGCCCCCGCCGCCUGCUCUUAGUGCCCGCAGAGCCCCGCCCGCUCCGCCCACGCCCAUUCUCCAAACCACGCCCCUCUGUCCCCAGCUGCCUUCCCUAAGUGCCUAAGCAGAAUCUCUGUCCCCAGGUGCCAUUUCUCUGCAGCCACCAGCCCCUGUGGUGAACAUACGUUCCAUCCCCAGAGGCUGUCUUCCUCGUGCAGCCCCUGAAACUGGGCCCUAAUGGGGAGGGGUAAAUUUGGUGAGAAAGGAGGUAAGGUAGGGUUGGGGGUCUGCGGCCCCCUUGGCCGAAGUUUCAGCCAUCUUAGUUUGGGAGGAUGGGAUACAGAGCGAAUUAGAGAAGGGCAGUAGAGAGGAAGAGUGCCACCGCUCAUUUUGUAAUUGUUUGCUCGGAUUGUGCCAACGGCCCUUCCCCACCCUCUCGGGAUAUAGGACUAGAUUUGACCCUGUAUGUAUCUUGUGGGACUGUCCAGCUGGGAAGCUGAUGCUCCUGCCUUUGCUUCGGGCCUGGAUGCCUGGCCUUCCAAAGCUGGGAUUUGCUAGAAGUCAUCUAGUGAAGCCCAGUUAACAGAUGGGAAAACAGGCCUGCAGCAGACAUAUAUAUGGGGAGGUCAUAUAUAUAUAUAUAUAUAGUGGUUGAGCUGGAAGUGAAAACCACGUAUUCCCACUGCUGCCCUGAGAUUCCAGCCAUGGUUGUCGAGGGACAGUGGACAGGGCCUGAAAAAGGUGGUGCCAGGGCCUCCCUGGCCUGGGCGACAGCUCUCUGUGAGUCAGGGGAAAGAAGUAGAGGGAGAGAGAAGGUGAUGCAGAUGGAAGAGAGGAAAGGAGCUGGCUUGGCUCAACCCUGGGCUCUUCCUGCAGCCAGGGAGUUGGCCAGCCAGAGAGAAAGGGGACCAAGGAGGUGAUCAUGGUGGCAGGUGGGCAGAUGAGAAGACAGAUCCUGCGGUCCUUAAAAGGGAAGGAUCCACCUGUGGCUGUCCACUGUGGGGUGGGGACUGACCACUGCCAUUGAUCGCCAUUCUCCUGGGUAGCCUGGCCCCAGCCCCUCCCAUCCCCCUCACUAUACAGCUUCCUCUCCCUGCUGUUUAUUUAUUGCACGAGUCUAAGUUAUUCUCCCCAGCCAGAGCCCCUGUGCCCACUGUCUGGGAAAAGUGGUGUGUGGCCCUGAGCUGGACUUUAUAUUUUAUACCUGCAAGUAAAUCACAUUUUAUCUUAUAUUUUGGGAAAGCCGGCUGACAAAAACAACCAAAAAAUGUUUUUAAAAAAUUGCCCGGCCCCAAGAAUUUAUUUAUUUUUCUUACAGUAAGCGAGUUAUCCGCCUUCUGUAUUUUGUAGACUUUCUGAAUAAAGUCAAGUUCCCUUUUUCCACAGUUUA